CUAUUUUCUGCCCAUUUGUGACAACCUCAAAAGAUUUCAGAUUACUUUGGAGCCCUCUAGAUGUCCUUUGUGUAAACAGAGCUGUGAAAAUACUGACCAUGUUUUCUUUGGUUGUGGAUACACAAAGCAAAUAUGGAAAUAUUUCAUGGAUAUAUUUGGGCUUAAAAUGCCAGAAAAUGCACUAAUUAGACAAGUACUGUUAACUUGGUGGAUUGAAGCAGGUUCAAAGACAAUGGCAGAUGUAUUAAUGCAUAAUCUGCCGGGGAUCAUUACCUGGCACAUAUGGCGAGUUUACGCAUCCCACAUUUGGGGCUCAGAAUCUAUACCUUCCCCUGACCAAGUCAUCUUUCAAAUCAAGCUUUACACUCAGAACUUGUUUUAGCCAAAUUUGGACAACCUAAAACUAAUUAGAAUGGAAAUUGUAUAUUGAUUGGGUCUCGUACAAGAAAGGUAAAGAAGAUGACAAGAACAACAAGAAAGAUGCUAAGAGAGCACAAUAGAGUGCAAAUAUGAGUAUUAUUCGAGUCAGUGUGUCUUCUGAAUACAUUGGAGCUGUGUGCCUGUGUUCUAUUUAUAAAAGAGGUAUUUAAUGCACUUUUGUCCGUUGUUGACUGUUUCGACCGUUACGACUACAUGUUCGACCGUUACGACGACAUCAAUAUCGUCAUUAUUGCAUCAUCAAUUCUGGCCGGCCCUUUGAGUAACCUAUGUCAUAAUUACAAUAAUUACCCUAAUUAUAUGCAUAAAACUGCUCAGAUUCAUUAGCUAGCAUUACUCCUAAUAAAUGCGUCAUUAAUUGCCACGGUCAAGCCUUUUUGAAUGUCGUCCAAUUCUUGUACCAACAAUAGCCCCUUUUCGAGAAGUUGAGGCGUAUCAUGCAUAUGUCAGCAACAACUUGUCGAAAAUUUGAAAGUACAAUUCGCAUCUUGGUUCAUUGCAUCGUGACAUGUUGCUCAACUUGUCUGACGAACUACUUCCGUCUUUCUUUUAAGUAACCUCCGAUUAGAUCUGUCCCCUUGACUGAAAUAAUGAAGUCUGCAAGCUCGAAUUUUUUCAUUUCCCCUUCAACGUUGUGUUGACGACUAGAUGACAGAAAUUUGCAACAUCUCUCACGUCGGUGUGACACUUCCAUUGGCAACGGGAGCAUCAUCUGUUGUUAAAGAUGACGAGUUGGGUUGUGUGAACAUAGUCCAUAACCUGCAAAACUUUGAAUAACCUUUCGUUUGUAAUUCUAGCAAUAUUGUCGACAUGAGUGUUUGUGAUUUGUGUCGAUGUCGUUCGUAGUGUCUCUUAUGUUUUGGAGCUUGUGUUGUCAUGCUCUUGGAGCACAUGCUUCUAUUGUGUAUUUCUGUAGUUUUGGUGUACCGCUGUUAUGUUGAUGUCGUGUAAUUGUUUCUGAUGUUGACAAUGCAUUUGACGUUUACUCUGCAUGUUGUUUUGGUGUCGCACAAUCAUGUUUGACGUCGACGUUGUUUUUUAUGUUCGCUCUGUUCGUUGUUUUGUGUUUGUCUGACUUUGAUGUUGUCGGCAUCUGUGAUGUAUGAUCUGUAUGUUGUUUUGUGUUUGUCUGACCUUGAUGUUGUCAGCAUUUGUGAUGUAUGAUCUGUAUGUUGUUUUGUGUUUGUCUGACCUUGAUGUUGUCAGCAUUUGUAUAAAUACUCCGUAGUUUAUAUUAUGUACAAAAUUAGUUCAUACUCCCUUCGUCCCGGAAAAUUGUUCCCACAUUGACUUGGAACGGAGUUUAAGAAAGUGGGAAUAAAGUGGAAAUGUAUGGUUGCGGGUGAGUAAGACAAUUAGCCACAAAAAACUUUCCAAAAGGGCAAAGUGGAACAGUUUUUUUGGACGGCCCAAAAAGGAAAAUCGGGAACAAUUUUCCGGGACGGAGGGAAACUAUAUAUUGAUGUAUUUAGAUCUUUCCAACAAGAAAUACCGUAGUAAUAAUAAAUAAAAAGAACAAUGUAAAACCAACUUGCUUAAGGCUUCAAGACAAAAGAAAUAAAACAAAAAUAAACUACAUGUAAUAGGAAUCGAACACUAGACAUAUCACGUGCAUGAAUCUUAAACGUACAGCUACAUCCGCUCUACCAUUAGCACAUUUUAGCAACUACUUCGUACUUAAUGUAUAAGAACCCUUUAUUUAGAACAAAAUAUAUGUGUGAAUUUAAAUUGGAUAUUAUAUAAAAGGGUUGGGUGGGGGUUGAGUGGGGGCAGCUGCCCCCCCUGCCCCCACCCUGGAUACGCCCCUGGUUGCCAAAGAAGAUGUUUUUUCAAAAGUGUUCCUGAAAUAAAACAUAUUUAUAAUAUAUGAUUAAAGUUAUUACGUACAAGUAUAGUGUCAUGGUCGAUCUGCACUAAUCCACUAUAGCCACUACACUAAAUAUGUCACAUUUUUAUAGAUAACAUUUAUUUUUAUUGAUUUAUAUGUAAUUAUUUUCUUUCCAUUAUUUGCAAUGAAGUCAAAGAUUCAUUACUUUUUAGCCUGAGAAUAUGAUGAAAUAAAGUAAAAUGACUCACUAAAUUGUUUCGCUUUUUUGUUAUGAAGUAACAAUCAGUCCAUGGAACUUUGGACGCGAAUUUCAUUAUGGUCAUCCGGAAACAGUCUCUUUGUGCUUUAGUACAUGGGUAAGAUUGCGUAUAUCCAACCCCCUUACCCCACCGACCACCGUAGGUGGGAGCCUUCGCGGCAAUGGGGUAAAUGAAAAUGAUGAUGAUGAUGAUGAUGAUGAUGAAAAUGAUAUAUAUGUAAUUAUUAUUUUAAUUUCUUCGCUGUGGUUAAAUCUCAUCUUGUCUAUUCCAAUUUAUUAGUAUAUGUAUAUUUAGGUCGGGUCUUAUUAUUGCGGUAUAUAGUUUGUUUAAAUCUAGUUAGCCAAGUUUGUUUAGUCAUGAUACACCAUGGUUUAUUUGCAAUUAACUUUAAUUUAUAAGGUGCAAGAUUGAUGAGUAAUUUGAUGUAACAUUAUUUAAUCUAACUGGGUCUAUACAGUGGCGGAGCCAGAAAUACGGUUUAGGGGGGUCGAGAAUCAACUUUAUACAAAAUGAAAACGGUGGAUCGUUUCCAAACAAUGUCCGAGUUGAAUAUUUUAUAUGUAGUUUAGAUAAAUAGGCACUCGUAACAAUAAAAGAGACUGUUUUUGCUCUAUUUUUGAGUCAUGUCACGUAAGUAAUGAGUUAAUUAUACGCUAUUUUUAAAAUUUGGGAGAAAAAUCAAUAUUACUCAUCAAAUUUUGCUGAUUUUACGUUUAGAUAGUGCUGAUUUUGCAGAAAUCAUAACUUUUUACUCGUAAUGAGUUACGGGGGCCAUAAUAUAUCAAAUCGAAGAUAUUUCAGAGCUCUAUGCUCUCAAACUUUCAGCGGGGUCGACUGACCCCCUGCCCCCCUGGCUCCGCCCCUGGGUCUAUAUCACUAUAUGUAUUCUCUAUAGACUAUAGUCUUAUUUAUUUAAUUAAAUAAGUCUAGCUAGUUUCAAACUUUCAAUACACUAAAACAAUCCAUGAAAGCACGAUAGUUCAUUUAAAAAAUAAUCGAAUACUCUGUAGAAUAUACUUUUUAAUUACUUUAAUUAAGGCGUUAAUUAGCUAUUUUCAUACUUCGUAUUAUAUUUUGUACGAUAAGAUGACUAGGUUUUUAGAAUAAGUCAAAUAACUAGCUAUUCUCAUAUAUUAGGAGUACAAAUAAAGUGGUUCUCCCAAAUAUGAGUAUUAUUGAUUUUUUUAGCAUUUUCCUAAAUUUUAGUGUAAGUUCAACAUGUAAAUAGAAAAGGUAUGCUUUUAUUAUUUUCAAACCCAAAUUCUCAUUUGAAAAUAAUGGGGGUGUUUGGAUCUGAUUCUCAAAACUGAUUCUGCUUCUUCAGGGAGUAGAAUCAAAAGCUGGAGUGUUUGGGUGAAAUUUCAGAAGUGCUUCUGGAGCUUUAAUUUACUCUCAGAAUCAGUUUUUUUAGAAGCUGAGAGGUACCAGCUUCUGAAAACUGAUUAUGAUUCUGCUUCUAAAAAGAAUCAGAAGUAGCAUCAAUUCCAAACACCCCCAAUAUCUAAUAUCAAUAUCUAGCUAGCUACCAGUCUAGGUUUCUUUUUCGCCCUAUAUUAUGUGAAAUCCCAAAACUAGAUCACUUUAUUUUGAAUAAAGUAUUUCAAUUCAUUGUUUUCUUUCAUUUGGAAUUUAAUAUAUAGCUUUUAAUUUUAAUUUAUUUAAAUAUAGAUGGCUAGUUAUUAAAUUAGGAAUGAGGAUUUUAAAAUAUAUACUUAAAAUUUUAUUGUAUAAAGUGUAUAUACUUUUUAAGUUUGAAUUGGACAAGAGUAUGGCAAAGAUUUGUACUUUUGUAGCCUUGAACCCUUAUUUCUAAGCGGGUUUGAGCUCACGAUAACUGUAAUUCCAAACGUCUCAUGGUCUCAAACUGUGUGCACUCUAGCUAAGUGAUUUGAGUUCAAUAUACGUAGUAUGAAAUUCCGUUGAUUAUAAUGAUAACAAGUCCACCAAAGUCAAAAUUGACUUGUUUAAAGCAAAAGAAAUCAAAAUUAACGCAAAAUUGAUUAUAGAUUUAUAAUGAACAGAGUUGUGUAGAUCUAAAUCUCCAUACCAUAGACUCACCAUAGGCCAAACCUACGAAGGAAAAGUGAGUCUCGACAUGCAUUUAGUUGCCUCUUUUGACACAUUAUUUGAGUACUUGGGAGUUUGAAGGGAAGUUGAGUACCCCGAAGAUUUUGAAGGAUAGUCAUCAGAAGGGAAGUUGCGGGAAAUGGAGUGAAAAUCCUCUUCUUGUUUGAGAGCAACAAAUUUAAAAAGAUAGAUUAGAAGUUAUGGAUGAGUUAUAAUUAAAAAUCAUCAUACAAAUAGUUGAAUUUAUAUAUAUUUAAAAUUGAGUUAGAGUUACCAUUUACUGAUUUACCUAAUUAUCCUUGAAAAUCCUCCUAUUUGGAAGAACUUGAAAAUUGAGCAAACAUUUGAAAUGUUUGAAACACCAUACAUGAAAGGUAGGGUCAUAAACAUUUGCAACCUUCCCCUCCCCUUCAAUACUCAACUCCCAAACAUACCCUUAAUUAGUGAAUCAUGAAGAUUUAUUUAGCCUUUCAUGAUCCAAUAAAUAAGUAUGUGACAAAUACUGAAUGCAUGUACACAUACAAAUAAUGUGCAAACUGCAAACCUGUGUAUGAAAACAUUCAAUUAGAGCAUCCGGAUACUAGUCUAGUCUAAAUAAAAUAUGCCAAUUGUCAAAAAUUUAAAAGGUCGUCUAAUGUACUCAACAAAAAAUGGAAUGAUGACUAGACAUUAAAAUGCCUUAAAAGCUUCCAAUGCAUUUAGUAAGUCUUAUGAAGUGCAUCCUAGAAUAGACUAGUACAGUAUGCAUUGCUGAUGCUCUUAUAUGUUCAUGGUAAGACAUUUGAUUUUUUAUUUAAAUUUUUAUUUUAUUUUAGAACUAGUUGCCGAGUUUCAAUAUUUUUAUUGUGUAGCUUAUAGAGAUACAAACACAAUUAGCACUACUAUGCAGUAAUUUAAUUAGUAUUUCUAUAUAUUAGAAAAAAUAUAGAAAAACUUAAGUACUCUGUAUUAAUUAGUAUACACAACAAAUUAACUUAAACAUGAGAUGAUGAGAUGGAAGAAAUAUAUAUUUCACAGGAAUCUAAUCCAGUCUACAAAAGCUAUAAGAGGAUAAAUAUUCAAAUACCACAGAAAUGGUUUGGAGGAGGUGUUUCAGCUGGUUUGCCUAAGCAAAUACCCAUAUCGAUCAGCAGGCCGGGAAGCUGGCUAGAGCUUUAAUUUGUGAGAAGCUGGCUAAUAAUUUGCAUUCCAAUUUAUAAUUUGGAGUAUAAUUUA